AUGAAGGCCGUUGAAGCCUUUGUUGACGGACUCAACAUCCUGUCAGUCGUCGUUCUUUACUCUCUACUAUGGCUCAUCACUCCCAAGAUGCCCAACCCUGACCCCUCGGGUCCCAAGACAAACAAGAUUUAUGAUGUGCUUAUGCGCGUCUCGUACAUCAUCAUGUUCAUCUUCGGUUGGAUCUGGUGCAGCAAUGUCAUGGCCCAAGUUAACAAGCCAUACCUAGAUGAGAUCUUCCACAUUCCUCAAGCCCAGAAGUUCUGUCAGGGAAGAUGGAACGAGUGGGAUGACAAAAUUACCACCCCUCCCGGCUUGUACAUCUUGUCCAAGUAUUACCUACAAGUGAUGAUGAGACCCGGCUGCUCCGUCCUCGACCUCCGGGGCGUCAACAUCAUCGCCGUCCUCGGCGUCGGCAUCCUCGCAACCCACUGCCGCCACCUCCUCGAGACCCGUCGCCCCAACGCAAACUCACCGGCACCACCAGCCGUGCUUUCCUUCCACUCGAUUCACUUGGGCUGGAAUAUCGCCCUCUUCCCCGUUCUCUUCUUCUUCUCAGGUCUGUACUACACUGACGUCGUCUCAACCUUGUCGGUCCUUGUCGCCUACUAUCACCACCUCCACCGCGUCCGCGAGGAGCGCAGCUCUUUCUUGAGUGACUGGACUACCAUUGUCCUCGGCGUCUUGACGCUUGUCAUGAGACAGACUAAUGUCUUUUGGGUGGUCGUGUACAUGGGCGGCUUGGAAGCCGUCGCCGCUGCAAAGUCUCUGCGCCCUGAUCCGGUGGCCAAGCCUAGUAUGACAACACUUGGCGAGGUUAUGAAGUUCUACGCAUGGAGGUACUCUGUCGGGGAUGUCCACGAUCCGCCUCUAAACACUGCCUGGCCAGAUGACUUGUUCUUUUCCGCCCUGAGCAUCGGCAUCGCGGCCCUGGCAAACCCUCUUCGCGUACUAAAGAAGAUCUAUCCGCACAUCAUCACGAUAGCCCUCUUCGCCGGCUUUGUUGCCUGGAACGGCGGCGUUGUACUCGGUGAUAAAUCCAACCAUGUCGCAACAAUCCACCUCGCCCAAAUGCUCUACAUCUGGCCCCUCUUCGCUUUCUUCUCCUUCCCUAUAUUUCUUCCUUCCGCCGUGGGAGUCCUCCGUUUCGUCCAUGGUCUCUACUGCACCAUCUUCAAGUCAAGCGCAACCAACCCUCAAGUAUCUAACAACAGUACCCCCGGUCGCAAGCACGCUCUCGGCGGACUUGCGCAAGACAGCUCCUCAAAGAAACAAAAACUCCAAAACCAAGACUCGACAGAACAACACACCUCAGCAACCACCCCCUCAGCUUCCCUCAUCCUCACCGCCGUCCAAAACCUUAUCGGAUCCAAACUCUACAACCUCCUCCUAACACCCGCCCUCAUCAUCCUAACCCUCCUCGUCGUCAGAUUCAACACCAUCAUCCACCCCUUCACCCUCGCAGACAACAGACACUACAUGUUCUACAUCUUCCGCUACACGAUCCGCCGCCCGGGCCUGUUCCGCUACUGCCUCGUCGUCCCCUACACCCUCGCCCGCUGGCUAUGCUGGGACGCCCUCGGCGGCUGCGGCCAGGGUGGGUUCCUCUCGGACCACACUGUGGAUUGCUCGGGGCGGUACACCGCGCUUCGUCCCGGACCAUGGCAGAAUAACCCAUUUAGCACCACAACCCCAUACAGCGAAGGAAAGCCCCCAGCAACAGAGCCCUUGGACGACUCUGAACCCAUCACAGCCGCAGAAGGAAAAGAGACCAAGGAUCGUCACAACCCGUACGCGAUCAUCACUCUCGCCGAUCAGACCUCAUACACAACAGAACCAACCGCCUCGUCAACCGCAAUCCUCCUCCUCCUCGCAACGACCCUCUCGCUCAUGACGGCUCCCCUCGUCGAACCGCGCUACUUCAUCCUCCCCUGGGUCUUUUGGCGCAUCCUCGUCCCGGCGUGGAAGCUCCACGAUCACGCAGGCACAUAUCCAGCGCUAUCAAAGAUGGAAUGGGUCCCUGUUCUAGGCUCGUUGGUCAGGUUCGGGAAGAAGUUUGAUAUGCGACUCGUUCUGGAGACUCUCUGGUUCGUGCUAGUCAACUUAGUUACCAUGUACGUAUUCCUCGCCAAGCCGUAUCUGUGGAGAGCAGAGGACGGCAGGGUCUUGGAAAAUGGUCGGAUGCAGCGGUUCAUGUGGUAG